GAAAUUAUCUUUAAUAUAAAGAAACGGAAUAAAUAUAUAAAGAAAAUGUUAUUUCAAAUAGUUAUCAUUCAUCAAAGUUAAUCUAUACUGAUUUAAUAAAAUCUUUAUAUAAGAAAUUAUUUGUUGAAGAUUUUUAUAUCAUCAAAAAUGAAACGAUUAUUGAUAUUGUUUUUUUUUGGUUCAUUAAUAAUUGAAUAUGCAAAUGGAUGCACUUGUCUCGAUUUAACACUUCAACAAAAGUUCUGCAAUUCUGACUUUGUUAUUAAAAUACAUCUUAAGGACAUUGCGAAAAUGGAAGACUCAGGAAUGUAUAUAUAUCAUGUUGAUAUAUUAGAAACUUAUAGAGCUACAGAUGAGGCCGAAAAAGCAUUCAAAUUUCAAUUUUUGGUAACUACUCCAUUCGAAUCAAUAUGCGGUCUUGACCUUAAGAGUGAUCACGUAGCUAUUGUUGGAGGAGAAAUAAGAGAUGGAACGCCGGAAAUUAGUAUGUGUAGUUUUCAUAUAGAAAAUUCUGAAGAAAUGGAAGCUGAAUAUGUUAACCUUCGAGAAAACUUUCCUAAAAAUUGCACAGCAUCAUCGACAAAAUAUUAAGAUCAAUUUUUCUACUUAGGACUACGGAGAUCACCGAAGAUCUCCGACGAUUUCCAUAAAUUUCCACAAAUCAUCGAUCUGCUCUUGAAAAAAAAAAGCUCCGGCAAGAAUGAGAUCUUUCUGAUCUCCGUAGAUAUGCUAGAAGUAACGUAGAUCUAAAUUAUUUAUUCUUGGGUGAGCAAACAAAAACUUUUAACAUCAAAAAUCACUUAUUGUAAUUAAAAGUUCAACAAAAUUUUUGUAUACCAUAGAAGAUUGUCGCUAAAAGCUAAUACCGAAUAUUUGUAAAUUUCGCAGGGGAGGGUGGGGCAGAGCGGUCCCCCUGAAAUUUUGAUGAAAAAAAAAUUUUUUUUUUUUUGACUAAUUACUAUAAAUCCGAUAUGUUUGCGCAUUUUUAAUCGUACACAUGACAUCUGGGGCAAAAUGGACAAGCCGAAUAUUUUGAAAAAGUGAUUUUGUCAUAUACUUAUCGUCAAAUUAAAAAAAAAAUAUAAUAUUUUCACAUAUCUAGCCUUACACAUAACACCUGGGGUGAAAUGAACCAGCCAAAACUUCUGAAAAAAUGAUUUUUUCAUAUUUUUCAGAUGUUUCUCUAUGUCUGAGGCAAAGUUGGUCACGAAAAAUAUUCAAAAAUAAAAAUUUUUUUUUAGUUGAUAAAUUUUUGAAAUAAAGUAAAACUAUUUAUAAUCUAAAAAAUUAAAAAACACGUUUUUGGGGUUCAGAAUAAUGACAAAUAACAAAUAUAGAAUUGUUUUUUUUUUUAUUAAAUAACAAUUAAAUAGUAAUUAAGCUAAUCGAGGGUGAACGAUUUAUUACGCACCUAAAAAAUUUUUUUUUGAGUAAUAUAAAACCAAAAAUAGCUGUCAAGAGAAAGAAAUACAUUCUUAACAAUGAAAACAGUUUAAAAAAAAAAAAAAAUUUUAUCAUUUUUUGGAGGGGGCAUCUCUGCCCUACAAAAAAAAAAAUUUUUUUUUCAGAAUUUCGGCAAAAUGUCCAUAAAUUUGUUCGAAAUAGUACAAAAGUAAAGUGAUCUGAUGGUUGAAAGACACAAAAAGUAAUAAUUGGCUUAGGGGGGCCGCUCUGCUUCACUCUCCCCUAUAUAUUGUAGUGAUUGGUAUCUUAAAUUAAUAUCACUUAUACACUACAAUGAUAACACACUUAUAUAUUAGAAAUAACAACACCACAAUUAACAGCAGUAAAAGAAAGGCAAUCAAAAAUAUCGUUUAUUGAUACAAGACGUAUGCUGUUUAGUUGUCAAUAUAAGACUGACUGACUUUAGUCGCGCAUCUAUAAAACAAGAGAAGAAGGCAUUUGUUUUCUAGCUAUUCAAAUAUUUUAAAGAUCAAUUUCACAUUCGUUACAAUAUUAAAGCAAUAUUUAAUAAAUUUCCUAAAAGUAUCAGUUCAAUGAUAUUUUAAAUAUGUAUUCACAUUAUUAAAGGCAGAUUUGUCAUCAAAUCUGUAUUUUUCUUUAUAUUUAUUAUUUCAUAAUAAUUAUAUAAUAAUUGCAAUAGCAGUCACUUUUUUAGUCUGAAGUCUGAAGCACACCACAAAAUAUCCAUUCAGCCAAUAUAUAAUUUGUAUCCGUUAUUACAUUAUUUGUAUACAUAAUAUGUUACUUAAGUUUUUAUUACAUGCGUAUUACUUCUUUAUUGAUAAAGUUCUGAUAACAUAUAUUUUGGGUAAUAAAUCAUUUUUCAUUAUUUCACAGUAAUCAUACAUUAUGUCACAUUUAUAAAUUUGUAUAC